AUGAAUAAAUAUUACAGAAACUUUAUUCUGUGUGGUAAUGUAGACCACUACUGCCUUCUUUGUGAUGAAACAUAUACUAGAGUGGAAGACGUUGAUAAACACAUCCGAUGGGAGAACCACCGGAAAAUAUUGAAGGCACAAACCUACUUUCCUAAGUUCCGAAAAAAUGGUAUUUUUAAGCUUGGACCUAAGUUCUACUGCGAAUUUUGCAACAUUCUUAUACCAGGCUUAGAAGAUGCCAAUACUCAUAUUAAAACUGGAUUACAUAUCACCAAUAAGAUGGAUCCAUUUGCAGUUAAAGAAAAAGUUCCUUGCAAAAAGGAAUCAGGAUAUGUCAUCGUAUCUGAUAUAAUAGUUACCAUGGAAGAAUGGAACUCUGUGAUAGAUAACCAUUGCAUGAUUUGUGAUGAACCUGUAGCAGUGUUAAGUAUGCACGCGAAGUCAAAAGAUCAUCUUGUUAAGCUGAUUCAAUCAAACGUUGUAAUGGAAAAUGAAGACCGUUGUUAUAGAGAGAUUAAUCCUCAGUUGGUUUAUUGCUUUAUGUGCAAGAAGACCGUACCUACUGAAACUCUUAGCGGGCACUGGGAGAGUAAAGAACACAAUGAGAAAAAGAAUAUAAGUAUAAAUAGAACUUCUAAGAGUUCUAAAGAUCCUAAACGCCGACAAAAGGAGGCUAAGAAGAGGCUCAUUGAAAUACAAAAGAUUUUAUACAAUAUUAAUCUCAAACAUGGCACAGCAACAUGUAAACAAUGCGAGAAAGUGAUAAAAUUUCAUUUUAAUGAAAUGAAAGAACACCAAGAUGCACAUAAAACUGAAAAAAGUGAAGAUAGUUCUGAUGAUGAAGCAGUUGAGUCCUAUAAACCUAAAACUGCGGUGAUAGACCACGGUAAAAAGAGAGCAGAAGUGGCUAAAUACGGAAGAAAACACAACAUUAAACUUAAUGCCGGAGGAAGUAAAGGUUAUUGUUUCAUUUGCCACAUUCAUAUUUCUGCGCAUGUGAAAGUAGUCAAGGAACAUAUUAAAGGGUGCCAACAUAUAGCACUUUUGGAAUACAAGGGUGUAAGGAAAGAGACUGACAAAAAGGCACCAGUUUAUACGACAGAGCCCUUGGCUCAGUAUUUAAAAAGCGUAUUCCACUCAAUUUCGUUUAGAGUAUUAUGGGUGAAUUCGCUUUUCUGUAUAGAUCUGAAUAGCUUUCUUUUGGUUGCUCCUGUGCAAGAUUUAGAACCACCCAGAAAAAUGAUGUGUCUGGUUUGCAACGUAGAAUAUAAAAUUGAAGAUAAUUAUAAGCAUCUCAGAACUGGCGAACAUAAGACACACUUUAUGGAAGCUGAUGUAGUUAUAAUGCCUAGAGAAUUUAUAAGAGAGGUCGCUGAGAAUCUCUUCCAUUGCGGAUUUUGCAACCGCUUGAUUGCAUAUUUUGAAAAUGUUUCAAAACAUAUCCGGAGCUCGGUUCACCGGUUUAACAUGGUCAAGAGGGAAACAUCAUCAUCUUUUUGUCAGAAGUGGUUGAAUGAAAGUGUCAUAGCCAUACUGGGACCCAAUCCUGAUAUAAUGUACUUGCAGUUGCUGAGGGAGGGCGUUGCGUCAAAAUUGCCCGCUCACAGUAGGGUAAUCUGAGUCUAUCAUCCCGGCCAUAUGAAGUCCACUCAUAUAGGCGUCCUCCAAAACUCUUUCACGAUGUCCGGUUGGAAGUGGCGUACAUUAUAUCUGUCUCGACAAAAAUGUAUCUUUAUAUAGCUUACUUAACGAUUUUAAACUUAAUCACAUAGACAUUAUAGAUCAACCAAUUUGGAAUCACCUUACCAUUUUCACUAUAGGACAUAUUUUAUUGUGCUUCAUAAUAAUUGGCACUAAGACUGUUUAAAUUAAAAUAGUUCCUACCUACCAUGGGGAAAGAUUUUCAUUAUUAUUUUUUUUACCUAUGUUAGUUUGUUAGACACUAAUUAUGUUACAUUAGUUAAUAUUUUUACCAUAAACUUUUUUAGGC